CGCAUCUCCAGCGCAAUCCGCGAGAAGGCGAAAAGACGUUCGCGUGAAGAAGACGUUGCUUAGAAGUUGUCGGCAACUUAAAAGGCUUCCCGUCACGCGCGGUACCGGUUCUGGUCCGGAGGGGUUGCGAGACGGUUCCGCGGUUCUGGUUGAACUGGAUUAUCGCUUAUUCUGCAGGAGGAUUACCGUGUAGUCCGGAUUUACUCGGCGGUUUACACGGUUUUAGCGCAUUUACAGGGCGAGGCCAGCUGUGCGCCACACGUCGCUCUACACGUACGAGUCUCUGAAGGUUCUCCAAGGUUCUCCAGACCAAGCGAGAACCUCCAGACCAAGAGAGGGUCUCCUCUACCCGGCCUCGUAUCUCCCCGUCCAUCCGCUCCACUUGUAGAGCUCGCGGCUACACGUCCGGCCAGCCGUCACCUCUACGUGUAGGUUGGGUUUCUCCACCGUGCCAUGGAUCCACUGUGGAGAUGUUUGCUUGGACUUCUGGUCAUUGGAUGUCGUCUGAAGCUCUCCAGAUCUACCAUCCUAGACUCCAUAUACUGGAAUACAUCCAACACAAAGUUCGUACCCGGGCGAGGCCUGGUCCUGUACCCUCAGAUCGGAGACAAGAUGGACAUCGUGUGUCCUCGCCUGAGGCCGGGGUCCAGCGAGCGCACCAACAUCGAGUACUUCCGCGUCUACCUGGUCACCAAGGAGCAGCUGGAGACGUGCCGCGUGGAGAAGGACAACAUGGCGCUGCUGAACUGCGACAAACCCGACCAGGACGUCAAGUUCACCUUCAAGUUCCAGGAGUUUAGUCCCAACCUGUGGGGUCUGGAGUUCCUCAAGGGAAAGGACUACCACAUUAUCUCUACGUCAAACAGCACUUUUGAAGGCCUGGACAACCACGAGGGCGGAGUCUGCAGGACCAAGUCUAUGAAGAUGGUGCUGCGGGUCGGACAGAGUCCUGAAUCAGUUCCUACGAAAGAUCAUUCCCCCAAACACUCGGAUACCGACAACCAGAGCACCUUCAGCAAGGAGGAUGAAGUCAUCAGUAAAGCUGACCCAGUUCCAGAGAGCGGCGCCGAUGGAAAGAGCGGCGAGUCCACGGGUCCAUCCAGCUCAGAGAUGGUUCUGUUCGCCGGCGUGGCCUCUGGAGUCGUGGUGCUCGUCCUCCUGCUCGUGGUCGGACUGGUGGUUCUGAUUCGGCAGCGGCGACACCGUAAACACGCCGCCCAGUGCUCCGGCCCACUUCCCCUUCAUACCCUUCCCAAACGAGGCAGCGGCGGCGCCAACAACAACGGCUCAGAGCCCAGCGACAUCAUCUUCCCCCUGCGCUCCUCCGACAGCAUGUACUGCCCGCACUACGAGAAGGUCAGCGGGGACUACGGACAUCCCGUCUACAUCGUCCAGGAGAUGCCGCCACAGAGUCCUGCCAACAUCUACUACAAAGUUUGACAGGAACCAGUUGUCUCAGGAACUGUAGGGUUCAAACACUUGCCUCCUGAAAUCAUGGACAUCUCGUUGUAACGGAUGCUGUUGGAGGGAGAAGCCUGUUCUUCUGCACCAGUUGCUUGGUUCUCCAGAGUCCUGGUUCAAAGGAACGUUUUUACCUGGUCUUGCGAACCUGGUCUUUCAAGGUUUCCACUCUGGGAACUUACCGAGAGCGUUGUGGAGGUGGAGGUGCACGUAUCUCUUCUCAAAUCAAAUCAGUGCUUUAGAACUGCCCUUUAGAAGGCAGGCUGAGGUGCUAACUUGUUUUUUUUUGUGUGCUCAGGGGAGAACAUUGCAAUGUUCUCUAGGUAUGAGAAAGACUUAAGAAGAUCUAAUCAGGGCGAAGAUUGUGUGAGACCACAAUGCUGGGGGGGGAGACAAUCGCCCAGGUUUUUCACAGACUGUGUAGAAUCUUUUUAUUUAAUUUUUCUACCCAAUUUAGCUGAGCCAUUGAACCCUUUGGAGAAAGUGCCAGAUCCCCAGCUCUGAUACUCCAGCCAAUGGAUGCCUGGGACUCUUGAGGAAAAUGAGAGAAAGAGAGAGAGAGAGAGAGAGAGAGAGAGAGAGCAGAACCUAACCAUCCAUUGAGAGAGAGCAUGGUGCCAAUCCUGAUUACUCUCUCGAGCUCUGGCUGCUGAUGCCAAAUGAGCAUGAUGACCCUUAAACUUGCGACUAGUUGCGAUUCAGUUUGACGCAUCUCAAUCUCAGACUCAAUCAGUUUGGUUAAACUUUUCUUUUCUCAGAAGCAAAUCUGAGAUGGAUGCUUUUAACCCGGAGAGAGAAUGGCGCCAACUGCGCUUGCUUUCUCUUGCUCUGGCUGCUGAUGCCGAAGAGAUUUCCACAACUAGAACCUUCAGACGUUAGGACUUUCAUGUCAUAUUUGGGAUAUUCAAUACACUUUCGAUGCAUCUCAGAGCUGGACGCUUCUAGACCUUUGUAUGUAUGUACCGUACAAAGUGUCACAAAGUGUUACGAAGUGUCACAAAGCUUCAGGAAGUGUCACAAAGUGUUACGAAGUGUUACAAAGCGCCAGGAAGUGUCACAAAGCGUCACAAAGGUUACAAAAGGACGUAAAGACUGUUCCUGCAUCUCCAAGCUGGUCUAAAGGAUGCACAACACAUACCAAACUCCCGCUGAUUCUCCUCCAUAUGCCGCUCCCGCGUCGGGGUGCGAGAUUUUGCAGCUUCUUUAGGCCGCAUGCGGUUCUCGCGCUCGCUUUGGCGGCUUGUCAAACGCUUCGUCGUGAAAGAAAAGCCAGGCUCGACACAAACCCUAUCCUUCCCCAACACUCCCGCCCACCCCUUUUUUUUUGUUUACUUCUGUAAAUACUACCUAAAACUUCUUUGUUUGUAUUUUUACGUUUUUUUUUUUCUAAAUUAUGUCUUAAGUUAUGUUUUGUAUGGAUUCAUUUUGGAAUACUCUCGUGUUAACAAGAAGUCUGGAGAUGAAGACGAACCAAGCCAGAAAGGAGGAUUAAAAAAAAAGAAAAAACGCUAAAAAAGACGCUAAUGCCGCGGAUUUGUAUUACUCACGUACGCCGCGAGCAGCAGCAGCGAUUGAACAAAUAACAAAUCUCAGCCUGAUCUGUCCAAGUGUUGAUUCGUUUGAUUGUACACCCAGAGAAUGUGCUGUUCCAGCUGGUGGGCGCUGAAUGGAUUAUGAUUGUUCGGGGCUGAAUGGGCUCGUAAUGGCAGCUCGCACUGCGCGUUAGAGAGUGUUGUUUGGUAAAUGCAGACGUUUGUAAGGUUUUGUACGGUUUGAAUAAAGCUGGCGGCAUAUUGGUUUACAACUAAA